AUGCUGAGAAGCUUGGCGCGCCGGAUCUUUUCAACAAGGGUUCCGGAGACCUUUAACGUCCGGAAGCAUGUAACGACCGUUUGGGAGUAUUAAACUUGCGCAAAAGUUUCUUGGCGUAGUUCCUGGUUCCCCUGGAGGCGAAAGCACCAAAAGUGAUGCCAUGACGUCUUCAAUAGAGUUUUAUUUGCAGAAUGUGCAAGCAUAUGGUUAUUUGCGCUUCGGUCUUCGUAUUUUUUAGAAAAUAUGCUCGAAGAAGAACGAGCCAAAUAUGAACGUGGGCGAAGAUACCUUGCCCGUAUGAUGGGUCAGGAUCCAGCCACUUUCGAUCAGUCACAGAUUGACGAGGCUGUGCGCUAUUUCUUUCCGUCGGGUCUGGGAAGCCUGAGAGCACGCCCUAAGCUCAAAGUAAGAUCCUUUCCCAUUUACUUCUUUUCCAGCCCCCCGAAGAAAUAUAUCCAGAAAAGAAAAGUAAAGUGGAUUACUGUUAAACUCGCACUUUCAGAGAUCCAAUUUGACAAGACUGGGAGACCAUUUCAUGACCUCUACUACACUGGAAAGCCAGCGUUCUACGAACUUAUGCAUGUUUGUCGCACUUUUCCUGCCUAAUCGUUAGAAAGCCACCUGCCUAUAUGAAGAUUUGAACUUCAAAUUGGAUCGCGGCUAUAUCGAACGUGAUUUUUCAGCCUUCAAAAAUCCGAAGCAAUUGUAAGUCCAACUAACGUUAUUGUUUUCUCUGGUUGUUGUCAUUCUCUUAAUUUUUUAAAAAUACAAAUGUUGCAUCCAGGACACAAUUUAUUGGCUAAUCGGUCUAACUUGACUUUUGUGAUGAAAUUAAAUUGCGAUUUGUUGGGGAAUAAAAUCGGAAAUUCUAUGGGGACUGGCAUCAAAGUUUAUUUAGUUGAGUAGUGACCGUGACAAAAAGCGGAUAACUGUCCAAUGUACCAGUCGAAAUUUCCCGAAUAUCUAACUAGUUAUUUCCCCAAAAAGAAACUUAGCUAAUUCAUCCCUUAUCACGAUUACGUGUUGGUCAGUAGGACCUCUAAGCAGUUUUGUUCUUCAGCUUUGGGGGUCAUUCUGUUUUAGCAUCUACCACAUUCGUCCGAUCUUGCUUUCUGUUAUUACUGACUGUCUCCAAGAGUUGAGAAGAGUGCUUGGCUAUACGUACGGAAACAUUGAGGCCCUUUUUAAACCAACCCCCAUUUACUAAAACGGUGACAUUUAGGCUAUAGCUAAGGCUGUUUAACAUAAAUGAUGUUUGCAACUAUACCUACGAGUAUUUUACCACCAAGUUUCGGCACAACUCAUAAUGGUUAUUGGUGCAUGUCGUUUUAGCCUUCCCGCCCUUAUUCUUUCCAACAAACGCAUACCUGGUCCACUUCUCAUUUUUGGGUGUGCGGAUCCUCAAGUUACAGAUCAUUCGUCUACCACAAUGCUUUUACACCACUUGGUUCUUUUGCAGCACGAGUUAUUGACCUGCAUCUUCCAUUUAAUGCGAUUUUGAGUCUGGAAGGUGUUCCCUACAGGUUGGGUUUCACCUGUUGUGUUAUUUUGCCGCAUCUGCUAGUACGCGGUACUUUCGACUGCAAUACUAGCAUUUACGUCUACCUGACGAUUGUUCAAAUAUUGGUUAUGCUAACUCUCUUUUGUAGCGGUCAGGUCCUCCGUGCAGUGUGCGAUGCGAGAUCGCUCUAGCCCGAUUGACUAGUGAAGUUGCCGGCUUAAAAUUUAAGUUGAUCAGUGGCGUUCAAAUCCGCUAGUAUCCCUGCUGCGAGUAUGGCCAAUCAUAGACUACUGCUGCCCAUCGGCAGAAUGUGAAUGUUACGCAGUUGUGUCACUAAAACUGAUGGAUUUAGGCCCAAAUAUGAAUAUCCACUUUCCGACCGAAUUUGAGGUUUGUACCGACGACAAUACAUACAAUACGGAUGAUUUACACGCCCUGAGACUCAAAGUUAGCCUCCAUUUAGUUCGUUAUCUUCGUCCCAACUGACCACGCCUUUCGGUUUCAAAUUCUCGCCUAGCAACCGGCGUGAAGUCCUUAUUGGCCAUCAAAACUGACCUGACUAACUCAAGUGUAACAAAUAGAACAUCAGUACUUUCGGCUAUUCGAAAAACUUCAGUAGAGUACCCUUUUAAUUGUAAAAAUCAUGUACUCUUGUCUAACAAUCGACUUUCGCUUAACUCAGAACUACCUUGACGUAGAAUCUGCACGCCCCCUUUAGCGAAAUGUUGUACUGAAAGUGCUCCACAUUUUCUGCACCUGCAAAAUAUCGAAAAGUUUUUUUAUAGUUUAAAGCCUUCUUAAGACAAUGCACAUAUUUUUCGCACCUUUCUGUUUUUAGGAUUCUGGCCUCAAGUGAGUGGCUAAGUCAAGAAAAGUUGAGCCAGAAGCUAUUGGAGCCUAUAAAAGACAACAUGGUAGCUUUUGAAUUUUCACCGUUAUGCAAUUUGCGUCUGCUUCACCUUCAGCGAAAAACUAUUUAAUGCCGUUUGCUUGUCGAAUCGUGCUGUUGAGGCAUGCAAAAAUUGUGCAAAUCUUUUUACCAGCCUAAGUAGGGUAGAUGUGGCAUCUCAUGAAGUGUUGGCCGCAAUUCUGAAAUGUGUUUUUAAUCCAAAAAAGAUUACCUAAGCUGAAUUGUAAUACCAAGUAUCGUGCAGCAUAAUCCUAGGAUAUUUUAGUCAAGCCAGGACGCCGGCUUUUAAAUUAGCUUUUUUUCGGCCGUCUGCAGAAACUACAGUCUGUAAAAAAUUACAUAGUAAGCACGGGACGUCCCCAUUGAUUUUACACGUCUUUAUAUAUUCAAAUAUAUUUUAGAGAAGACGUGCACAAAAAUAUUUUUUCUUGCGCACAUUUGGUAGGAAAUUAUGUCUUCUUAAAUUUCAUACUUAAAGAGAAUAUAUUUUGGCUUUAAAAAGUUUUUAACUAUGAAUUUUUUAGACCGCGAAGUGUCCAUUCAUACAGCACCGCAUCUGAACAUCUAUUAAUGCCACUUACAAAGUAUACCACUGGUGCAUAUAAAUAUCCAUAUGACGUCUUCCUAACAGCAUAGUAACAUGUGUGAUAUUCUUUUGACUCAAGUUAUACAGCUUAUAGUUUGGGAGCCCUGAGUGCAAAGAAUUAUUCGGGAAUUUAAAAAGUUUUAAAAACUAAUACAUACUCCCUCUUCAAGUAUAAAAAUUUAAACACGUAAUUUUCUACCAAAUGAGCACAAGAAAGAGUAUUUUUGUGUAUGUUUUCUCUAAAAUAUAUUCGAAUUUAGAAGAGCAUCUAAAAUAAAUGGGACCGGAAAGAAGCCCAUUGAAAUCUCACUGAAAUCUCUUAGGAUCGUGCUACACGAUAAUUAGUAUCACGGCUCUGCCUAAGUCAUCUUUUUCGAAUCAAAAACAUAUCUCAGAAUUUCGACUAACACUUCAUGAGGUAGCACGCCGACUGUAUGUGGACUUGCCUUUUCUUGUCCUGCACUACUUUUGUUGUACAUCCACGAGUCUCAAUGUUGUUUUUCAGUACGCAAAUUGGCUGAAUGUCAUGGAGACUCUUGUGAAACACCCACUCUCGUGGCACGCUGAGGAGUUCAUCAUGUCCUACCGGACCUCCGUCCAGGCUGACGCCGCGAAGGAAGUCUUCCCUGAGGUAAGCCUUCUACUUAUCUUUGCAGUCACUCUUAAUCUUGUAAACACCUUCCGUACCAUUAACUGUGAUGUCUUAAAUUAAUCAAUAGUUUUAUUCGCGAUGAUUUCAAUUUAAACAGUUAGUUCGUAAUGGCAAACUAAGACGAAUAGACUUAAAAAGUAACACUGUUGGCAGUUUCGGGGUAGGUUGUAUGUUCUUACCUUGUGUACGUUAACAAAGCACUUCACUUUGGCGUACUUUUCGUCAAGGUGAUGCUGUUUGGUAAUUAAAAUAACUCGAGUCAGUUACGUAUGACAGUGUAUGGGAAACCUACGACACCAGUAGGCUUCAGGACCACCAAAUGUCCAAUUACUCUUUUCGCACGUUCGUUACUGAAUGCGCAUACUGCUUAAAGGGUGAAUUCUGGAUUUCCUGACGAGUCGUUGCCAUCAGCAAGGCAUUUGUGGACCAUUCAAGCAAGAGUUAUCGCCCUCUUCCACAGAUUUACCAGUUGCGUCUAUACAGACGUCUCAGAAUGCGUGUAACUCUUGGACGAUCAGAUGAUCUUCAACAGGGCUCUGGACGGAUGUAUUCAGCAUGCCAGCUGUCCAACAAGAGCACGAGAGGAACUAAAGCAGUACAUUGGCGGAAUCUGUUGAGAGGACGGUAAGAUCUUAUUUCGUAACCGCACCUGUAAGGGGUUGGGGGUUAGUGUUAGGGAUUAGGGUUAGGGGUUGGUGUUAACCCCCCCCCAUUACCACCGGUCUCCUAUGACAGGCGGCUGGGGAUUGUCUCCUGGAGGUGCGACUACGAAAUAAGAUCCGACCGAGAAGACAUACAGCAAAAAAGACGACUACCCAAAGAGGUAUGAGAAGUGUUUCUAGAAAUAAACUGUAACCGGGUGCUUAUCAUGUACGACUGGCAGGCAAAUUUUCUGCAACGGAUGCGAGCGUCUUUCUUACACAACCUCUAUAUUGUGCUAUGUGUAAACCCGACAAGAAAAUCAUAAAAACCAAGAAUAUUUGGGCUACAGUGAAAGACAAACAGAUUUUUACUGUGACUACUGGGCCUCGGAAAACUGGAGCUCCGCCCAAGUGUGUUUUUUACCAUGGAACCAGGAGCGACAAUAGGCAUCCAAGGAAGCCGGGCAUAGUCAACCCAUUUGCACACCUGAACAUACCGAAUUUAACUUGAGGACCGGAGUACGGAAUGCCAGUUCAGAUAGAUCGCAGACACCAGACGAGAUCCCAGCACUACUACUGAGAGAUCCUAUCGAAGAGCUAGUCGCCAUCAUACUUCAGCUGUCACUUGAUUGCAGUGGGCCGUUAGACAGCUGGGAAUCGACAGCUUUCCGAUUCACAGAGUCGGUUCACGAUUUUAGGUAAAAGCCAUUAGUUUGACCCUCUUCAAAACCGGCUCUGUUUGAUAAGUUGCUCCACCACAUCAGAUGAGUGGACGAAGGCAUUUAGUGUUCGUUUAAGGAAGACAACGAAGAGUUGUGGCAAGUGAUGGACAUCGACGGUGACGGACUCCUAUGAAAAGUGGCCUUUUAAAGGGUCCUCUGAGGGGGCGCUCAUCUUUACGCUAUUUACAAUUUGUUUAGUGGAUAUCCCCAAGUCAAAUGUAGCGCUUUUUUUCAAAUAAUCUGAAUCUCCGGACUAUUAUCAAGGACAAAAUUGACACGCACACCCUACUAACGGAGUGGACAAUGGUGCAGCAGGUCCAGUCUUUGGCAUUUAGAUUCCGCAAGACAGAGACGAGGACAGACUUCGGGACUUCGGAAAAUUCUGGGGAACCCACUGAAAAGCCGAACCCAUGGCAGCUGUGCCAUGUAGCGGCAGAAUAUCGACGAAACACGUGUCUGGCCUUUUAGAGAGCUCCUGUGCUGUUAGUAUGGUGUCUUGCAGCCCGGUGUGUGCUGGCUCUUUUCCCGUACCCGGUUCUGUGGCCGGUUCUGUCAGAAGGAUCUUGCCAUCUUCAUGAAAGAUGUCUUACAUAGUGCAUCGCAGUCCUCGACAUGUGCACUUGGGUCAAUGAAGGGUUAUAGAACGUGCUUUUGUAAACCUGUAGUCAUAACUACAAACUGAAGUUUUUUGAAUGACCAAAACAGGUGUCUGACACUGAGCAUCUGAAGGAGCUGCUGAACUCGGUCGACCCGGAUAUCCAAUUCACGAUGGAAGCAGAAACAAACAGCCAACUGGUCUUCCUUGACGUGCUUGUGCGGCCGUGUACAACUGGACAACUGCAAAUUACGGUCUUCAGAAAAGCCACCGACACGAGGCAAAUCCUGCACUUAAAAAGCCAUCAUCCUCCGUUUCACAAACACAGCUGUGUCCGCACUCUAUUUCAAAGAAUUGAAACACUGCAGCACGCCAGAAGACUAAAGGGCCGAACAACUUUACCCUCAGAACCUCUGCAGCUAGUGGUUAUCCCAGACAUUUUAUCGAGAGAACCAGGCGCCGAGCGCACAGUCAACAGCGAAAUGAGCAGCAACCCGAAGUCUGGAGGUCCAUUCUCUAUGCCAAUGAGGUGUCCAAAGUGGUCUCUAGACUGUUACAACCCGCCAGAGCAGGCAUUGCCAGUCGACCCAAGGCAACAAUUCGGCUCCGUCUGAUGCAACCUAAAGACACAGUGCCACCCGCUAAAACCUCAGCUGUUGUCUGCAACAUAAGUUGCAAUGAGAACGACUGCAGUUAUGUUAAGGAAACCGGGCGGGAAUCGCAGACCCGUUUACAAGAGCACAAAUCGCGACUCGGGCUAGGCCCAAACUCCCAAAUAGCAAUGCAGGUUUGAGAAAGUGGGCAUACUUUCGAUCUCCGGGGGGUUACCAUCUUAGGCCAGGACAAUACAAAAGCAGAGCGGCUAAUAUCCGAGGUGUUCUACUCCGAUACCAACUCAAUCAAUGAGCAUCUGGAACUUCCUUCAGCCUACAAAGUCCUAAGUCGUCAUGGUCAUAGAGCUGAGGAACAACCAACCACAGUGGUCUUAAGAAAGCCAUACAGAGACAGUCCGGCGGCGAGUUUACUCGGCGAGGAAGAAGGAGAGCCGUCAGACCGACCACCGGACAGAUGUUCAAUCCUCCUCCCCCCCCAUACGAAGCGGCGAAUUACAAAGCACGUAAAUAAAAGGCCCGCCAACCAUCCUCUGAGAGGGCGAGGCAGCCGAAGGAGAGGAGAGUUGGUCAGCAUGAGGCCGACCAAAGUGACAUACUACUUCACUUCCUGCUCGAUUAAGUGCAUUUUACGCUUUGACGAUGAGGAGCCGACUGAGCUCUUCGAAACAUCGGCACCCAAAUAAACCCGUUCCGAUGAGCCUGUCUUCUUCCUCAAAACAAAUGUCCGUCUGAACUAUGUUUUCUCUCCGUUGCUGGCAAAAUAGAGCGACCUCAUCUAACUGCUGAAAGGCCCUGACUCGACGUCAGCAUCGCGGUUGAAUCUUUUGGAGUAGCAGGUUUUGUAGGAGUGGAACGUUUUUUCUGUCGCUGUAACUGACGUCCAGACAGUCUUAACAUCUACCUGAAUUAAGAGGAUAGCUUACUUACCAUGUCCUCUGUGUGCAGCCAUUAUUCUCCAAAUAGACAAUCAACCACAUGUUUUUAAUAUUUCUGUAUGCUUUGCAGACGAGACGUAGUAGUCUCCAAUUGGCAUUCGUUCCUCAUAGGAACUGUUGUUUGACACUGAUGUGCCGGCCUGAUCUAAACUAAUUCGGCCAUUGACCGCCUUUCUAGGCUAGGCUCAAAAAGUCCUCACUGCGAUUGUUUCCACGGAAGUUUUGCGUGCCUACCCAUAGGAAUCGUUAGCAAAUCUCCUCAUUUACCCACCUAAAACCGGAUUUAUUUUAGCGAGCUUAUUGCUAAAAUCCUGACCGUCCUUCAUUUUUUUACACUUAGCCCCAACUGGAUCCUGACUUGAACCAAAAGUUUGUUGACGCCUUCGGCCAGAAGAAACACGCAUUUGCGGAGGUUCGUCUCUUUCAUCCGGGGACAGGAAAGUUCAGCGUUAACGAAAAACGACUUCUGGAAUUCUUCCCCGAGUUGGGAAACCGCGAGCAACUGAUGUUCCCUCUCCAGCUGACUGGUUAGUUUUAUUUGAAGACCUACUGUCGUUGCUCCUGUCUCGUCUGGAGUUUUCACAGAACCUGCGGAUAACCCAUCAUCCACCAUCCUGAAAAACAAGGGCUCAGUCGCAGUACUUAAGGAUGCUAGUCGUGUGGGAGUAGUUGGAAGCGGCGAGAAAGCUGAACACUUGGAUCAGUUCUUUACCGCAGUAUUCACUAGGGGAACUGAGUGCUGUUGUAAACGCUGGUGCCCGGCUUAAGUAUAUACUCUUUCCGACAUCUGUCAUGGAAAGAGAGCUGCAAAAUCUCAGAGCGACAAAGUCAUCGGGGCCGGACAUUAUACUGGCCAAGUUUGUGAGAGAAUUGGCAAAUGAACUCUCCAAAUCACUAGCGGAUAUCUUCCAUUCGUCAUCCGAAUUAGGGAGUCUGCCAUCCGAAUGGAAGACAGCGGUUCGAGAAAAUGCCUACGCUUGUCGGCCCGUCAGUCUAGCCGGAAUUUACUGUAACCUAGUGUAUGAAUAUUUGGGCUGGUUUAUCAGGCACAACGGGAUAACCGCGUAAUAUUGAUUAACUACUGACAGGCAGCCAGUAGUAUUUUUAGGGUUACAUCAGAGCUCGGUCUGCGCCUACAGACCUUAGUGUAUGCUGAACCACUCCAAGUUCGCAGUUAAUUUCUGAGGAAAUCAAAAAGCAGCAAUUUUAAACUGGGGUAUCCACCAGAAAGCAGACGGGGAAUGCUGGGGAGCCUACUGAAAAGCCGAACCCCUUGCAGCUGUGCCAUGUAACGGCAGAAUAUCGAAAAAACGCGUGUCUGGUCUUUUAGCGAGUUCCUGUGCUGCUAGUAUGGUAUCUUGUAGCCUUUGCAGCCCGGUGUAUACUGGCUGUUCUCCCGUACCCGGUUUGCGCACCCACUGGGUAUACAGGUCGUGUGCAUGACUGCCUAGGCAUCCACGUCUUUUCUGUUGUUGUUGGUCAAAAUUCUGGUCAAGUGUUUGUUGUGGACCGGGGAGAGGGGGGGGGGGUGUGGAGCGCCGAAGUGCGGGUUCGACCGCGCCUUGCCACCUUGACCCUAUCCUGACACCGGGUCCAGGUGGGGAGGAGGGGGGAGUGCGGUGGGGGCUGCGCAAGUCUCCUUCCACUAUAAACUACUUUACGCGCAAGUCACCGUCCCUGCUCUCACCUUGCAGUGGAGCAAACGGUGGACAUCGUCGGAUGAGACGGUCAAACUAUCACUGUUUAAAUAGUCUCCCUGUCGCCCUCUUUUACAGUUCGGCCUACGUUCAGGUUUGCUUACUGCGUAUAUCUUAUUGCAGACAAAAAUCUCCCAAAACCUAAAAAACAGCCAUAAAAUUACCGUUAAAACCCCAAGUUGAGGUUCGAGUAAAGGGUAAGUUUUGUGAGAAAGCCACAUUUUGUAAUUGGCUAGCUUAGUGGAUAGACGUCAGGUUACUUUUCCCGUCUAACUCGAACAUCAUAUCUAACCACGAGAAACAUUUUGUGGCGAACAAGUCUUUUCGAAAAUUUGGUGAAAUAACUGAAAUAUUAGUGCCGUAUUUCCAGCGUCAAUGCUCCGUUAUUUGAAGUUGGCGAAAGAACCACUUCACGGUGGGUUUGAACACUGUGCUCGAUUUACCAUCCUUCGGAAGCUACCGUGUGACUCGAUUGCGAGAGAUCUUACUGGGUUUUAGCCUAUCCACCAGAUGUUCUGGGUCGUCUGUGCCGGUUUGUCUGAGCUCGAUUACCAGCUUCUGAGUCACGCAUUUAGACCUUUUGGUGAACUGUGGCGACUCCACCCUGCGCUAUCUUCUCUGCUGCAUUCCAGGUAUGCUGGGCACUGUUGAUAUUACUGCGAAGAUUGCGGACACCGAGACCGGCUCCAGUUCCAAGGCCAAUGCCCUCCGAUUGGCCAUCUCAAGGGCAUUGGCUUGCUUCCUGCCAGGAGACCUAGGAGCCAACCGACUCCGUGCUGCCGGUCUUCUUACUCAGGACGACCGUUUCAGUGAACGUAAGAAACCUGGACAGAAGAAGGCCCGUAAGAAGCCAAUCUGGUGAGAUCACAUUUCUUCGAACUUUCUGUUGAGGAAAGGCUUCAUUACCGGGGCGUGUGGUCUUCCAAGAUCAUACGCGUCGGGCUCCGAAUGAUUCGUAUAGCGUUUAACACUGCGUUCGGGCAAAACGUGGCGAAUUGACCAGGAGACAGAAUUACUAGAUGUUAUCUUCCUUCUACUAGACUCUCUAGGGCAUCAGCGUUUCCGAUCGAAAAUAAUGCAGCUCAUUCACUGUUUUGGUAUAUAGAAUGAUUGGGAUUUGAAAUUGUCCACGAGAUAUGGUUUGCUCACUCAACUUAUCCGCCGAUAGGAGACGUCUUACUCUGACUUGCACUCAAGCUCUUCCGUCGUUGUGUUGCCUCAGGUGUUUGUACAGGUGUUUAGCUUUGGUAGUGUUUAUCCUCGACUGGUAGGCUUUUUGAAUUGUUAGCCAGGUUUUCUCCACACAGCGGUGUCACUCUCCACCCUCGACUGUUCGGUCAGGCGCUCAGCUUCUGGCUAAGUCCGUGGACUGAGUUGCAUCGUGAGGGGUACUGACCGGACAAGGGAAACUAGAAUGAUCGUUUCUGGCUUAUAAGCCGUCGUCCACCAGCACUACCUGACCUCACGUUUCUGUUUUUGAUGCCUACCCCAGAUUUUGCCCAUCGAGCGUUUUAAGUGCGAGACUCUACCAUUGAGCUAUGGGCACGUUGUCCGGUUGUGUGGGGCCGAGAAUAUUAACUAUCAUAGGAAGGCGGUUCACCGAUUGGGUUACGGAACUUGCUCGUCUCGCUACACCCUUAAACUCCAUCUACAGCUUUCACGGGCAGUCGCGUAGCAACCAGUAGUACGUGCUGAAAAGGAGUGCCGUUAGUUGAUAUUCCCGAUCGCAACCGACAGAGCAACGAACCCAUGGCUCAAUGGAAGUGUUGGACGUAAAAAACGCUCGAUGACCUAAGAUCCCCAUGUCCGAGUCACAAUUUAAAAAAGCCAGGGGUUAGGUAUGGCUGGCCGCGACGGCAGUUGAAAAGCCGGAAAUGACCAUCCUGGUCAACCUUGUCUUUGUUGGUAUCGCUAGGGCUCUAGAUUGAACCCCUACGACGUUGUUCCGUAACCCCAUGGGUGAUUUCUAUCCUUUAGUUGAGGCGAUGAUUAGUUAUAUCGAAUCGGAACGCACGUACGAUGUUUUCUGUUUGGUGCAUUAGAAGCGUACUUUGUUUAUUAUUACUAUCAUCGUUAUUAUUAUAUGAUGCAUAUUGUCAUCGGUAUUAGGACACUAGCCAAGACCGCAAUUAAAAUUUACUAGUGAAAUCAAGAAGCUUAAGUCGCUUGCCUUCCAAAAGAUGGACCAAAUAAGACUCACGAAGCUUGGUUUCACUGAGGUGGCUGAAGAUGUGCCAUGGAAUUUCACCUCGUCCAGAAAGGACGGUGUGUCUUAGUAUGGGAGGCAGCUCUUGUUCGCAACUCCUCUUUGUGUGGCGUUGCUUGUAAGCGAUCUGAGUACAGCUUCCGCUGUAAUUGUACUAAAUCUGGUAGGGCCAUGAUCAUGCCUGAUCUCAGACGGUUUCGGUGGUGUUGCGGCAGCAGAUCUAGCGGGUGACGGAUCCUGUCUCUGCCCCCCCACCCACGAAGACAGACUAGCGAAGACCCAAGAACAUCCUUAGCGACAUUGCGGACUGCGUUCCUGUUGGUUUUAGUCCGAAGUCCUCCAUCCCUGAGUAGCUGCUGCCGACUUAGGCUAUCGUCACGGUAAUAAUAGGGCCGAUGCUGUGAGUCAUGUGUGUUGGGUGGGUCGAAAUUUUCUCUCGAUGUUAUUGCAGGUAUUACGAACUGUUACAUUUGAAGAGAGUCAGAUGGGAGCUGGUAGUUGUCGGUCGUCUCUCAAGCAGGCAACCCAUUCGCAAUCGUAUAGGAUAAACCUUAUCUGUCCUGGAGAAGAUCCGAAAACUGGCUGUUCAGUACGUCGGUAUUCAAGGCUUCUUCAUGAUGGGGCGCCUCAGUAUUGACUAGGAAAAGAAAUCUAACCUCGAGUCAGCAAUAUGCACGCCAGCACUGAUUUCAACUGCAAUUGUUCAGUUGAGUUCAGUUUGAGGGAAAGUGGGUGUGUACCUUUGAAGUAGCAGAUGAGGUAUAUAGAAAAAGUGGCAAGGGGGUAACAUGAACGAAAUACAAAGGAAAAUCAAAAACUGUACAGCUGAGCACAGUGUUUCAUGCGUUAACAGUAUUUGAAGGCGAAUGAACUCGGUUUGUUGAUUAAUAUAGUAGAUAUUUGAAGCACACCUAAGCUACAGGAAAAUUAUACGAUUUGUAGUCUGAAAGCAUCUUGUUGAAUGCGAGCAGGGGUCGUGAAGGAGAUCCGAUCGCUGGGACAAGUGCUUUAUUCGCCUGACGUUUCGGAUUCCUGCACGAACCCAUCAUCAGAGAAAAAAGCAGAUAGGGGUGGUUCAUACCCAAGGUCUGCAGACCGGAGGCAACCAUCGAGCGUCAGGUAAUGAAACCGAAAGACCAGCUGCCAUGACAAGAAACGUAUGGAGUCGUUUAUCGGAUCUGGUGCAGUUGCGGACAAAGCAACUACGUCUGGGAAAUUGGGAGGCAAUUCUGAACGCGAAUGGCCGAACACGCCGCAAUGCGGAGAAAUGACGCAAGCUCUGAAGUUGCGGCUCAUUCGACGAGAUCCGGCCACACAUUCAAAUUCGACGAUGCCGAAAUUCUCGCAAGAGGUGACAACCGCGUGAGCCGGGAGCUACUUGAAUCAUGGUUUACUGACCCCCAGUCUAUUAACAAGUGCGAUGAUCUUCCCCUUCCAUAUUCGGUGCUGAGACUUCGCCUAGGCGGAGUAUUUAGCCACGCGGGAAGCGCACAGGUGAACACUUUUCCCAACACCAGGGUCGGUGCGUCAGAUAGUCGAGCAAUCAUCACGCCAACAUCCAACGCACGUGAUGAAAUUGAAGCGAUUAACGACGCCAGUGUCGGCCAUAAAACAGUUCUCACACCAAGUGCAACGAUCCCUGAUGAAGUGCGAGAGCCGUGAAUAUUCAUAAGAAUGUGAUAGCAUGGCGACUGCAUCCUAUAAAUACUGCAGUCCCUUGUGCAUGGAUCACCCGUAUCUGUUUUUUGUCUCUGAUGAUGGGUUCGAGCGGGAAUCCGAAACGUCAGGCUCAUAAAGAUCUUGUCUUAGCGAUCGUGUGUCGUUCUUCACCACUGCUUCCUGGGUCUCGUCUCUUCGCUUCUAUUGGCGAGCAGGGGUGUUCACCGUGGUCCAAAAUUAGUAAAUUACACAAAGAGAUGUUACUUAAAUAUCGGUAGUAGCGUCGCGCCAUCAUUAAAUUGUUAGCGUUGAACCCUACAACGCUACACUUUGCACGAACUCCGCAUUGGAACAUUCGGACUGUGCCUUUAUGGUCAGCAACGAGGCCAUUUUUGACGUGUGCCGGUGUAAUCUAGAUAUCGAACGGCCAACAUUCACAGUUCCAUCACCGCCUCCCCACGCUCCGAUGACGUUCUCAACGUUGAUCUCAUGAGAUUUCGAACUAACCGUGUGCCAUACUCCUCCACCCACAGUGUCGGCUGAAAAGGUCUACCAUGAAUUACCUACUGUUUCCGGACUCACGAACGCCGUUUUCGAGCCCGUCGACUAGAUGUUCAAAUGUGAUUGUCGCCGCGGGAAAUACACGGUCUGUUGCAUGCGGGUGCUCGGUACGCUCGGAUCUUAGUAGUGACUAGAAUAUCUCGGCUAGUUUAUAGACAUCAUCGAAAGUUUGAAAAACCCUGCAACCACACCGAUUCAGGUGAGAUGUUCUUACUCCGUCCUCUUGGCAACCCUUUGACUUCGGAGUAUUUGAAACUAUGCCCUUCUUAAGGCUCUCAACCAUGAAUCGCCGGAGGUUGCUGUCUGCCAUUUAGAGAUGGAACUGAAGAAUACUUCAAUUUGCGCAAUGUUGAUGGGAAAAUCAACUGAUUUAGCGAUCGCGUUCAUCCACAAUACCAUAUUCUAAAGGUUGUCAACCCCUAACGCCAACCGGACAACGUAGUCGAGGUCGGUCGAAUGGCGUUUUGGGGACGGUCCUCCACAGAAUCUAUCCACUAGCAUAGUUGAAGGAGAUGGAUGACAAAGUGGCACAGACCACAUUGAACGCGCAAUAAAGAGUCUGGUUUGAUCACCAGUCGAUAUUAAGAACGGUUUUGCCUAGCGGCCGACUUUAUAUCUGCCUAUCGUUCUGUAUGCGCAGAGCUACUCAAAGGAGCAUACCUUGUAGUCCUGGACCAUUGUGCAGCAUACAAGUUUCCAUCUUCUUCUGAAUAUUUUUCUUCUUGAAACUUUAUUUGCCCAGUUAUUUAAGCAUAAAACAUUCACCACUUGCUUUACGGCGACGUCUCCUUCCGACCGGGAAGAGUAGUGAAACAUUUGCCAUGGUAGUUAAUUGCGCUUGUACUUUUGUCUGCUCACUUUAUUUUAUUUUUUCCCAUUUUAGGAAAGCCCGCUAGGCUAUCUCACGAUUUCUCCUACCCUCCCCACUUUUACAAAAUAUAUUGUGUUCAAAAACAUAUUUGAUUUUUCCCACUUAUUUUCGUAAUCUCGUCUGCUUGUCGGCACAUAAGACCUCGCCACGAACUCGGACGGCCAUUUUGUUGUUGUAGUUGUCCGUUCUUCUUUAGAUGCUUGAUGAACCUCGUGGGCGGAAUCUGCACCCUUUUGGCAGCAUAAAUACAGACCAUGAACGGCUGGAUCUUCGAUAUAAAGUUAAUUUAUUAUGGCCCGACCUGAUACUCCGAGUCGUAUGCACAGUUCGGUAAAGAUCAGGCAAAGUGCACAUGAGUUUAGUUACGGUCAGUUCACGAAUAGGCACCCAGUGUUGAGUGUCGUGUUUCACACACAAGGGUGCAGUAGUAUCGAGACGUGGUGUUCGUUAACGCGAUGAUUUCCCAAAUCAGAAGUCCAGGAGGAGGGCGUUAUUGGACAAGCUUUCCAGGGGACAGGGUAGCGUACACACCGCUCGGCGGACAGAGACAGCGAGGAUCCUCGUCUCAUCGGUCGAGCGAGGGCCCUCGAUGUUGGCAUCGGCGCGAGACGCGUGCGUGCGCUUGGGCUUUGUCCGUCUGCAGCCAAUCAACGGGGGGGGGGGGGCAGCGUUGACUUGCAUCGAACUCUCGCCGUGCCGGUUUCACGCGGCUUAAGUCAUCGAUUGACAAGGAGCGUUGGGCGGACAGAGGACGUUACGGUAAGCGGCCGCGCAGCUCACCACGGGAGCGGACUGACACGGUAGCACACUUCCAACUGAGGACGUUGGUGUCAAAAUCACACUUUUACAGUCGCAUACUUUUGCAUGUCUUCAUUUUCUCAGUUUGCUGUUUUUGCAUAGAUCAUUGAAAGCACUGUGCCAGUGUCCAGGUAGAAACUUAAGAGCUGGUAGACAUACGAUGUAAUUUCAUAUUGACUUAUUUGCUUAAGUACUUUAUACCGUUGUUGGGUAUCUUCGAACCACCCGCGUAAAACAUAUGAACAGGUACCACUUAACUGAAACAUAUUUUUAUUUGAUUUUCAAAGCCUUCUUACAUUAAAUCGUGGUCUCUGAGUGGUAUUCAUAAUUCGUUUUUCUUCGCGUAGUCGCGGGUAUUAACCCUCAGUCUGUCCAAACAGCCGGACCUACCGCUCGUCGCCAAUGCCUGUGCUGGAAAAAAACGGAACUGAUUUCUGCAGAAGUUUCCAAAGGCACCCUUGAAUUUCCGAUUAUGUGGCUGCGUUUGCGAUGACCAGACGUAGUGGUGCGUCAGCACAUGUUGGGGAAGCGCAUCGUCUGGACCCCGUUGGGUAAACUGGUAGUUGGCUCGUCCUAGGCUGACUUCGGUCAUGCUCUGUCUGAACUCACCACGACUCUUCUGUCCUAGUCUCCGUGACGGUUGUGACGUAAGACCCGUUAAGUGUUAAUGAGGUCGACGCGUCGUUUUCCCUAACUGAAGCCCGAGGAUCGUCCGAGCUUAGGGCUGCCCUCGGCAUGGAAUGGUGACUACGGAAGUCGGAGAUAUGACCAGGAUAUCCGGUAUCCUGUGAGGGGUGAGAUCCAGCCUCUGUAGGACGAUCACAUAUUUCUAGGGGCUAGUUUGCAGUUCUAUUUCGGUUUUCCUAACGAAUCUCAGUGCGAAAGAAUUUUGGAACAAUGUCAGGCUUCAGCCAGCAGAAGCAGUCGGUUGUAAGUUGAAAUUGUAGUCUGACGCCAGGCUCUUGAAGGUUUCUGCAGUCGAGAGAUCAUUUCAGAGAACCCCUUCUUGUGGGGACUAUGCUCUCGCACUUCGGCUGCUGUUCUUGUGGUUAGAAACCCAUGUUUGCUAUCCCCCUCAGAGUAGAUCAAUAGGCCGCCAGUAUUGGGGAUGCGGGCUAUGCUGGAGGGAGCAAUAAAACUAGCAAGAUCAACCCGGGAAAUGUACUCUUGUGGGCCAUGUUUGUUCAAGCACAUGAGUCAGGCAGGGAACUACUGAGAACGUCUUAGUGACCGCGUAUGCCAGAGGCGGCUGGUAUUGACGUAACCCUGCGCGCGCGCACCGAUGGAAGAAUUAAACGACUGAAAAACCUACGUAGCAUUCCGCCCGUCAAUGCUGUGUGAUUUAGCCACACUGACAGCACAGGCGUUAAAAGCUUAGAUACGUGUUUUGCUGGUAUUCUGUCGUUGCAUGGCACAGCUGCCUUCUAACCCAGCUCCCGACCGCGGGUAUCUUUUCGGGUAUAUAAACUAGGAUUGCAUCGAGAAAAUCUAGGGAAUAUUAAAGAAAUUAUUCGAGUGUGGUCGAGCAGAUCGAUGAAGCCAGUCCGCCAUAAUUGUCAGAGUGCGAUGCAAAGAACGCUUAUUAACUUGAAUGUGGAGUCUUUGACAAGGUAAAUGAGGCAUUUGUGCGGCCGCAUCUGGAAUAUGCGAUAGGGGCUUGACGGCCGUGGCUUCGGAAGGAUAUAGAUGUUCUUGAAGGUGUACAGCUGUUCAUGAACUCAAAAAUUUUACGUACGAGCAGCAACUGAUGGCUUUGAAUCUCUAUCUUCUCCACUACAGGCAGGAAAAAAGUGCCCUCAUAGCAACGUUCCAGUCGCUAAGAGGACUUGAGCUGGUUGUCGACUGGGAAACUCUUUUUGAAAUGACACCAAAGACUAUUCACAGACAACACGAUUACCAGCCUAAAAAGAAACUGGCCCACACAAAUCAGCGUUCCUCUUUUUUAUCGCAGUGGGUCAUUCGCCAAUGGAAUUCUUUGUCGACGUAUUUUGUUAAUUCCCCCAUCGUGAAUGCGUUGAAGACACAUCUGGAUAAUCACCUGCUAAUAGGCAACCCGAACUGCCGAAGCCCGAUCUAACGGAUUACUGAAAUGACUGUAAACAUACUACUAACGUGAAUUCAACAGAUCAUUUUGUAUGCGUUAACCUUGACCCAUAUUAAAAAUUUUCACAGUGCGGAUGCAGAGAGCGAUUUUUUCGCCGAUAUUUUGCAAAUGCCACACAUUAUUCGCAUUUACGUUCCACUAUUAGGUUUAUGCAAGGUUUGGGCGAUCGCUAGAGAACGACCUGAUAGGUCGAAUGAUAAUUUUGAGUUGUCUGAAUGCAACGUAGAGUAGCAUUCACAACUACCAAAACGUUAAGUUCAGAUUUUCGACGGAAAUUCUGAAUUUUAUUGAUUUAGCUUCAGUGUAAUCUGACUUGAAUACGAUCAACUUCGAACUACGCGAAAAUAUAGAAGUCGGAUUGUGGCUGGAAUGCGAUGCGCCAGGAUCACAUUGGGUGCAGGGAUAACGCUUAGAUAAGACCGGCAAACCAUAUGUUAUUCAGACGACCAUGGGUUGGACGAUGAUAGAACCUGUACCCUCAUCUUCCAGGAAGUACAAAGAGAUCUGCUGCUCGAAGAUUUUUGAGUUCUAAAAGGAUCUGGAGAGGUUCUACCAAUGGGAUCCAACCUUCGAGUGACCAACCACUGACAGAGGUCUGUUUGCCUGCGAUCGCAGUGCGUUGGAGACUGCGAACCUAUCCCUUUGCUUCUGGGACGGCCAUUAUAUGUUAGCCUUACCUUGAAAAACCUACCCGCCAAUCCUCCCGAAUAAUAAACUAUACGCCUUACGGCGUCCCCUCCUGCUCACUGAACGUUUCCUCAGAUCAGAAGGCCUGUUGCAAGAGCGUGCGCGACAAAUUCGAGCUUGGGUGUGCUGAGGAAGUUCAAGUCGAGGGCUACUUUUGCUGGCUUUCACGUCAUCCCGUUGUCUGCCCAGCCACGUCUGACAAGGUGCGCGUGGUGUUCGGCCAAAUUCAGUGGUUACGCCGACAAGGACGAGAGUGACCGGAACGGUCAUUUCUGGCUUACUAGCCGUCAUCAGUUAGUCAUACCUAAACCUAAGUGUGAACCGCCUGGAAAACGAUCUCGCCGCUCAUCCGUAGAGCGUUCGACUCAGUGGCCCAAGAUCCCGGGUUUGAAUCCCUGGAGGUUCACACUUGGGAUUGGGUAUGACUGUCUGAAUACGGCUAUUAAGCCAGAAAUGGCCAUUCCGGUCUCCUUUGUGUUCGACGGUACUGCGUCAUAUGCAUAUGUUACUAGUCACUAUGCGACUGUCUACUAGGGUUCUAGACUGAGCUCCAAGUCACAACGGGACGAGCAUGUCCAGUAACUGUAUCAGUGAGCGCCACUUCAUCAUACCCCCUAAACGAUCAAUUACUCUCCUGACCUGAUAAGACCAAUUCGCCAUUUGGGAUAAUUCUGAUCUAGACAGGAGAAGUUUGCUAUCAUCGCUAACAUCGAAACGAUGUUUCAUCAAAUGCAAGUGCCCAAGAAAGACCUUGAUAUUUUAAGCUUUCACAGGUGGAUAAAUGGUAAUUUGUCGCAAUCCCAGAAAUAAUAUCGAAUGACGGUACAUUUGUCUAUAGUGACAUUAACGCUUAAUCGAGCUAUCGUUGAUAAUGCAGAAAACUAGGAUGAAGAUGUUAUCGAUCGGGCGAUUGUCUGAUCAGUUUUGCGAGAUGAGGACGAGGCACCCAGGUUUUCGAAGCAGUUAAAAUCAGUGCUGAGUAAAGUAAGUUCCAAGCUGCAAAAAUAGAAAAUGAGCGAGGUCAGUUCUGUGGCGUCCGUACCCGGAUCUAAACAGAACAUUUCGCCUAUGCAGCUAGAUCGCCUGAGUCAUCCAAUGUAACAAGCAAAUUGAGUGAGUUGCGACCUUGAGAGCGGUGCAUUUCGAUUCCCCAUAUGUCCUAUGACCAAGUCAUUCAGUAGAAGGCGCGCACCUUCCCAUCAUUUGUCUUUAUUCAAUCCGAUGGGUUGCGUUGUCCCGGUGGAAACAGUUACAAAAGGGUCUUGCAGAAUUUAGGUAUACGCAAAGUGGAUUGGGAUGAAGAGCGAAAAGCGAGCACUGCGGAAGAAGUGGUCAAACACAGUACCUAGCCUCAAACACUUCGCCGUACCUCGCUGCAUCAGGCCAGAGGAAGUAACAACAAACCGUGAGUCCCAACUCCACGUCAUCAGCGUCACGAUCGCUUACAUAAUAGUGGAGUGGACAAAGGGAGAAUCUCCGCUAUCUCGAUUAGUAUCACAUAAAGCUAGAAUUGUUCCCUAUUUGAGCAAGCAGUAUGUCACACCUGGAGCUAAUAUCAGCAGUGACAGUGGCAAAGAUAACCAGUCGACCGGAUAACUCGGUUCUGUUGCGUAGUACUGAGGGCCAGGCCAUAAGGCCUUCUUCUUCUUCUUCUUCUUCUUCUUCUUCUUCUUCUUCUUCUUCUUCUUCAUCCUCUUCUUCUUCUUCUUCAUCCUCUUCUUCUUCUUCUUCUUCUUCUUCUUCUUCUUCUUCAUCCUCUUCUUCUUCUUCCUCUUCUUCCUCUUCUUCUUCUUCUUCUUCUUCUUCUUAAUCCUCUUCUUCCUAUUCUUCUUCUUCUUCUUCCUAUUCUUCUUCUUAUACUACUACUACUACUACUACUACUACUACUACUACUACUACUACUACUACUACUACUACUACUACUACUACUACUACUUCUUCUUCUUCUUCAUCAUCCUCUUCUUCUUUUCUUCUUCUUCUUCUUCUUCUUCUUCUUCUUCUUCUUCUUCGUCUUCUUCUUUUUCUUCUUCUUCUUCUUCGUAA